GUGUGAUCUUUGCGCAAUCGCAAGAGUUCACUGUCGGGAUGGAGGAGAAGAGAAAACACAGGUCACCCUCUAGAAGUAGCAAAUAAAAGAGUAGACAAGGUUGUGUUCACUUUAUUUACUGCCAUGAGGUUACUGACAUUUUCUUGUCUGUGUUUUCUACUUAAAGUCAACUAUGCAGCGAAAAUUCUAAUUUUUAACCCAAUUUUUGGAUUUAGUCAUGUCAAAUUUGUCAGUAAAUUAGCAGAUAUUAUUGCAGACCAUGGGCAGGAAGUUACUUUAUUUCAACCUUUUCAUCUUGCGCUGAAAAACUUGGAUGGGAUUGUGAAGAAUAAAAAUAUUGAGAUCAUCAACUACUAUCCAGAUCACUACGAUGAUCUGUUAAAACUCGAAACUCAAACAUUUCCCGAUUUCUGGGACUCUCAACUGAUGAAUAAUCCAGUUUUAAUGGCAUUUAUGCUUCCUAGAAUUCUUGGUGGAGAGUUCAAGAAAACUACAAUACAGCUCAUAAAAGAUAAAGAGAUUCUCAAAAAGCUCAAGGAUAAAAAGUUCGAUGUUGCCAUUUCGGAAACUUUCGAGCUUACUGGAAUGUACAUGUCACACUUCCUGGGAGUCCCUUGCAUUCCGAUACUCUCCGCUGUCCGCCUUGACAUUUUCAAUGAAGCAUUUGGACAAUCAUCAGCUUUUGGUUACCUAACACAACAAGGCUCCAAGUUGGCACCAGACGCUGGAUUUCUAGACCGACUCAAUGAUGUGUACCGUGACUUCUUUUCUAAGAUGGCAUUCCGAGGAAUGGCUCAAUAUCAGAAUGAUGUCAUCGAAAAAGCUGCUGGGCAUGUAGUACCAUAUUGGAAGGAUCUUGUAAAGGAAGCGCCGGUUUAUAUGACAAAUUCAAAUCCAUACUUGGACUUUGCGGUUCCAACAACUGCAACUAUUGUUCAUAUUGGUGGGAUCACGAUUAAUUUGGAGAAAAUGAAUCAUGUCGAUGCGUUACCAGAAGAAUACGAAAUAAUCCUAAAAGAAAAAGAGACAACUGUAUUGAUUUCUUUUGGAUCUGUUAUUAGAUCCUACGAAAUGCCUGAAAACUUUAAAGCAGGACUUAUCAAGGUGUUCGAGUCACUUCCAGAUGUCAUAUUUAUCUGGAAAUAUGAGAUAGAUGACUUGGAAUUCCAGAAGAAACUCCCAAAGAAUGUUCACUUGAAGAAAUGGGUCCCCCAGCCUUCUUUGCUUGCUGACAAACGUGUCAAGCUAUUUGUAACGCAUGGAGGACUGGGAAGUACAAUGGAAGUUGCUUACACUGGAAAACCUGCUCUGAUGGUCCCGAUUUUCGGAGAUCAGCCCAUGAAUGCGGAUAUGCUUGCCAGGCACGGAGGAGCUAUUGCAUAUGAUAAAUUUGAUUUGGUAGAUGGGAAAAAGCUGACUGAAACUGUUCGAGAUUUGGUGACAAAUCCGAAGUAUGAGCAAAAGGCCAAGGAAUUGCUAGAUGUGCUCACCAAUCAACCAAUUGAUCCAGUAAUGAAUUUGAUGAAGCAUUUGGAGUUUGCGAUAAAAUUCCCAAAUCUGCGAUCUCAAAUUCCUGAAAUUAAUCAAGUUGGACCAAUUGCUCAUUAUUACCUAGAUGUCAUUGUAUUCCUAAUUUUUGUAUCAAUUAUUACAGCUUACAUCAGUUUCCAAAUAGUUUGCCGAAUUUUAUCUAGAAUUUUGAGUAAGAAGGUGAAAAGUGAUUAGUCUCCCUAUAAGAUCUCGUUAAUAAAUUGCUUUUAUUCAU